UGUGUGAUCAAAUAUUAUAACGGUCUGAGUCCUCACAGGCACACAGUCUCUGCAAGUGUAUAACUGUACCUUCCUUUUCUCCAAGAUGAACAGAAUUAUUCUCCAGCUUUUGGCUGUCGGAUUCUGCUUUGCAGUCGGUCAAGCCCUGCAGUGCUACAAGUGCAAAAUCGGCUUUGGCAACUUCUGCAUAACCACUAAAACAACAUGUGCAAGUGGAGAACGAUGCUUCAGUGGUCGUGGGGAAGCAGCUGGCUUUGUGGACAUUAAGAAGAAGGGCUGUCUAGAGGUGGCUAAGUGCAACAUGACCGAAAACACAGACUUGCCCACUUCCAUUUCCUCUUCCAACACCACCGUGUACAGCAUGACCAAGACAUGUUGCAACACCGACCUGUGCAACGCUGCUCAUGGCCUGCCCGGGGCCUCCGGGGUGAGCCUGGCCCUCGCCACCGUCACUGCUCUGUUCAUGGCCAACAUCCUGGUUUGACCGAAAAACGCAGACGACACGUACAGCCAUAAAACACACACACUACAUAUUGUACACACACCAGCACUAAAAUGUUUCACUUAUCUGCUUACACGUGAUUUUUUUCCUCUGCAUCGAUCAUGUCUUGGAUUUUAGAUUAAUUAGUUAGCUAUCCUCAUUUCAAUUCAAGAGAUAUUAAAAUGUUAGUUCAUAGACUAUUUAAAGAUUAGCACAAGACAUGAAAUAUGAUUUUAAGAAUCCCCCCCAUCUGCUUAAUUCAUUUGGGUUUGUGUAAAGUUUAGUUGACAAAUCACAGGUUAGGCAUUUCACUCUGUUACAGAGUUGUUAUAAGUUAAAGGAAUAGUCCAACAUUUUGGGUUUUGUUUGUGUGAAAUGAGUUGAAUUUUUAAAAGAUCAGAAUUACUACAGUACACAAAUUUAAAGUUGUUCUUCUCAUCGGACUCGAUGCAAGUAGAGGAAUUAUCGCAUUAAACAAAAUGUUGGACAAUUCCCUCACUUUAUUGCUUUUAACCCACUGUAUUAUCAUUUUAGAUGCAUAAUAUCGCAAACGUAUGGAUUUCAAAGCUUCUAUGAACAUUUAUUUUUCUAUUCACUUCAUUGAUGGCCUUUGGUUUAUAACUGUUUCUAACAUCAUGUAAAUCUUUUGAAAAGAUUUCAGUUUGUUUUUUUCAUUUUAAAAUAUUUGUUUAAAAUCCAUUCUUACUUGUAAACGGUUAUCUUUCCUGGUUUAAAAUGUAUAUGAGAAUAAUGUGAUUCAAUCUGAUUGUGUUUGCAGGUUUUGAAAUGUAUUCGAGAUUGCAGCAUUCCAAAUGUCACAGCUGAUUUUUUAGAUAUACUCUAUUUUACACAAAUCGUUAUCAAAUGUAAUUAACCAACACUUUUGGCAUUAUUCUCCACGAAAGCGUCUGAACAUUUUGGCGAAUUUGCUAAUAUAGAUAAACAUUGAAGAUGUCAAUAAAUAUCCAAAUUGGGAAAAAACACAAAA